AUGAGUGACUACGGCUACGGUGGACGCUACGGCUACGACGCUGGCGGAUACGGCGGUGGGUAUGGUGGCGGCUAUGGCGGCCCUGCUCCGGGACCUCCCGCUCCGGGCUACGGCCCGCCGGGCUACCCGCCGCGUGGCUACGCCCCGAGCUAUGGCUAUGGUGCGCCGGCUGGCGGUUACGCGCCUCCUCAGCCGGGAUACGGCCCGCCGCCGCCGCUCCCGCGCGAGGAGAUCGGAGAGGUGUCGCAGUCGAUCAUCAAGGAGGUGGUCAAGCUCAAGCUGCAGGUCGAGCGCCUGCAGCGGCGUCUGCAUCAGUACGAAGACGAGGCUGCGCGCAAGACUCGCCGGUCGCACUCUUCCAAGUCCAAGCGUCCCGCAUUCAUCAGCACUUCCAACCUCAUUACCAACGUCUACGAUGCCGCUAAGCGCACGGGACACGACCCGACAGCUAUCAUCACGGCCACCUCGCCCAAGCCAUUAAGCAUUCGGCCCACAAUCCCCGAGCUCGACCUCUCCGAUGUGCUCAAGGAUAUAGCUGCGCCUAUGUCCAUCCAUAUCGACUCGUGUCGUGAGCCGCCGGCUUGCCCGGAUUGGGCUCGGAACGCUGCCAAACUGUUUGGAACACAGCCGCGAGCCGAGCCGGGCUCGGCUGUGCGCCUGCGCCCAGCAUGCACCAUGCCUCGCUGCCGGCUCUUUGGGCGACUUUUUGCCAACACCGUUGGCCCGCCGACGUCCAGUAAGCCGCUUGAUGCUCUGGCAGUUCCUGCUGUCGUUGUAGUUGCGCCUGGCGAGCCGCACGAGCCUCGCAUCGCUCUCGCGCCUACCGACGGCACACUCUCCGGCGACGCAACACACGCCGCCUCGACUGCCUCUGCCUCUGCGCUAUCCUCGGACUCGAUCUCGGACUCGGACUCGGAGUCGAUCGAGUCGGACGGCGACGGCGACGGCGACGGCGACGGCGACGCGGUCUCGCGAUGGCAGGGCCAGAAUGACUUCCGCUGCCGAAAGAUCGGCUACACCGUCGCCGGCAUCCACGGCUCGUCGUGCGUCGCUGACUGGGUCGGCGACUGCAUCGACACCGCCCAGCGCUCGCAUGCGGGCGCAGUGAACACAAUCCGAGCGUAG